GAUCAGUUUAGCGCACAGGCUGUGGAGAUCUACAGUCACAAUCGGAUCUGCGCACGUUUGCUCUUAACAUCAACACUCGUGAACAAACAUUCUCGUCUGCGCAGAACAUGCAUUUUCCAUAACUUGGCCGCACGGGACAUGAGUGACGGUAGCUAGACGAGGUUGAAGUUAGCUUCUUACUCUAAAACGCUGGGCCAUUUCCCUCUCUGAGAAAAGGAGAAGCAAGAAUGGGAGAUACCACCAGGACGUUUUCAGAUGUUAAAAAUGUCAUACUCUCCGCCCACAAAAAUACAGGUGCUGAAGAUAAAAUUAAUUUCUACAAUAACUGGGCUGACAUCUAUGAGCAGGACGUAGCAUUACUGGAUUAUAGGGCUCCAGCCCUAGCUGCAGAGUGCCUGUCCACAUCUUUCCAGGGGAACAGAGAGGAUGCGUUGGUACUGGAUGUGGCCUGUGGCACAGGCCUGGUAGCCACAUGGCUGCAUAAAAAGGGAUUCCGGCAUUUUGUAGGAGUGGAUGGCAGCAAUGCCAUGCUUGAAGUGGCUCAGAGCAAAGGACUUUAUCAGGAGCUGAAGCAGAGCAUGCUGGGAGUGACAGCACUGCCUGUCCAGUCUGGAACAUAUGAUGUCGUCAUCAUUGUUGGGGCUCUAAGUGUUGGUCAGGUGCCGGUUACCAUCGUUAGAGAACUGUGGGAGGCCGCAAAGCCUGGAGGCUACGUGUGCAUGACAACCAGGGGUAACGCAGACAACAGGGAAUUCAAAGAUGAGCUCGAGCAGACUCUGAGUGAGAUGGAACAGGAUGGACUCUGGACACGUGUUUCGGUCAUGGAGGUAGAAGACUGGGAGAAGGCCGUGUCAGAGUGUGAGUCUGGGUACAUACCCGGAGUAGUUUACGUGUACAGAAAGUCAGCACAAUGACAGAGGCCCAUCUGAAAAAUAUAUGCUGAUAAAAAAUGUAUAAAUUAAAUUGAAGGUAUAAUAACUAUGGAGUACGUACUCAUUUAUGUGGUAAAAUAGGACCCAUGAUUAGCAAAUGUGAGCAGUAUAUUUCUUAUCGUGUUUAAUUCUGUGUCUGAGCAUGUACUACCACUAUGUGGUGAAUUUUUCCAGAGGUGUUCGUAUUGAGUCCAAUGAUUUCUAUCAAUCAAUCAAUCAAUUUUAACACAAAAUGAAAACUUACAAGGUCAGGGAUUGUUCUAAUUUCUUGUGACAUCAAUCAAUUUAUGAAUAAAAAUGUA